CUGUAAGUAUUCCCAGGUUGGGAAAAACUUGCAGGCUCACGGCCAUAUUAUAAACAGUCGGAAGUGUAAUCUGCUGUUUUUCCCAACUCAUCGAUUAGGGCCACGGCCUGAUCGCUCUAAUGGCUUCUUCUUCUCCUUCUUCUUCAUCAUCAUCUCUGUCUCCUCCGAUGAUUCCCAUGGAACUCCACUCACUCAAUCGAGAGAAGCUUCUCAACUCUCUGCGCGAGCACCUAUCUUCUUCCUCUCGUCCUCUCCAAGGCUUUGUUCUCCUUCAGGGUGGCGAGGAGCAAACUCGUCAUUGCACCGAUCACCUCGAAUUGUUCAGACAGGAGAGCUAUUUCGCUUACUUGUUUGGAGUACAAGAGCCUGGAUUUUAUGGAGCUAUUGAUAUUGCAAGUAGGAAAUCUAUGCUCUUUGCUCCUAGGUUACCGGCUGACUAUGCUGUUUGGAUGGGAGAAAUAAAACCACUUACUCACUUCCAGGAAAAGUACAAGGUUACCCAGGUCUUCUAUACUGAUGAGAUUAAGGAAGUUUUGUCUAAUCAGUACCAAGAGAUGGGAACACCGUUGCUAUUUCUCUUGCAUGGGCUUAAUACAGAUAGCAAUAAGUACUCUAAACCAGCAGAAUUUCAGGGUAUUAAGAAGUUCCAGACAGAUUUAAACACGUUGCAUCCUAUCCUGACUGAAUGCCGUGUUACAAAGUCCAACUUAGAACUUGCUCUCAUUCAAUUUGCCAAUGACAUAAGCACUGAAGCUCAUGUUGAGGUAAGCAUUGUUCUACCUUUUCAAUGGGAAAUUUCACUUACCAUACUUCAAUUUAUUAUAGUGUCCUGCACUUUUUGCUAUUUUUUCUGUAAAGAGCCAAAGCUAGAUUUGAGAUCAAUUUUCAAAUUAUCAGCUAAUGCUACCAUAUUCUAUUGCAGUGCUGUACUCCAUUAUGGUCAUGCAGCAGCUCCAAAUGACAAGACAUUGCGAGAGGGAGAUAUGGCUCUUCUUGAUAUGGGAGCUGAAUACCACUUUUAUGGGUCUGACAUAACUUGUUCCUUUCCAGUAAAUGGGAAAUUUACUCGUGACCAGUCACUUGUAUAUACUGCUGUCCUCGACGCUCACGAUGCUGUCAUUUCUGCCAUGAGCCCUGGAGUGAGCUGGGUCGAUAUGCAUAAAUUAGCUGAAAAGAUCAUCUUGGAAUCACUGAAGAAAGGGCAGCUACUUGUUGGGGAUGUUGAUAAAAUGAUGACCGAGCGACUUGGUGCUGUUUUCAUGCCUCAUGGGUUGGGGCACCUACUUGGAAUAGAUACUCAUGAUCCUGGGGGUUACUUGAAGGGAGCUGAAAGACCAAAAGAACCUGGAUUGAGCUCUCUACGUACUAGCAGAAAGCUGUUAGAGGGAAUGGUGAUCACUGUAGAGCCUGGUUGUUACUUCAUUGAUGCCUUACUACUUCCUGCAUUGGAGAGUCCGUCGGUGUCUGAGUUUUUCAAUCAUGGAGAGAUCAACAGAUUUAGAGCUUUUGGUGGAGUCAGAAUUGAAAGUGAUGUGUGUGUUACUGCCAAUGGAUGCAUUAACAUGACCAAAUGUCCCCGGAAGAUUGAAGAGAUCGAGGCAGUGAUGGCAGGGGUUCCUUGGCCGAUCAAAAAGACGACCUUGCCUUCCGGAAAUGGACAAGUGUAAUUCUUUCAAUUACUGCAUGACAUCGAGAAACAGAGAGGGUUCCAGUAACCUUGUUUUCCUCCGUGUAUGGACCUCUGAAGAAAAUUGCUUCCUUUAUGGACUAGUGUUCUCGAUGAGCUAAUUGGUGUUAUGUUAGCUUCCUCUGUAUCCAUGAAAUAUUCUCCACAGAUUGCUUUUUCUACAUUAAGUUUUGCAUGUAUGCCACAUCUGCUUAUGUAUGGAUUGCAUAUAAUAAUUGUCUUGAUCAUUAUGCACUGACAAGUAAACUA